AUGUCACUCUCGGAAUCGACUCCCCUUCUCACUACUGUCGGCAUCCGCCCUCAGCGAUACCGCUAUCCGCACCACCGACUCCGCCGCUUCAGCACUAUCGUCCUCAGCUCCAUCCUCACCCUCGCUGCUCUCCUCUUCCUCUCUCCCACCGCCAUACUCCCCCGCACUCACGGCUCCAUCUGGUCCUACGCCCCCUGGGCCCAACCCUUCCCCCACGAGUCCUGGCCCCAUGGCCACGGCCUUAGCUACGCCGAGCUCCAGGCCCUCCUGCAGGAGACCCCCUCCGCGGAAAAGGCCCGCGAAUGGAGCAGCUACUACACCGCGGGGCCGCAUUUGGCUGGCAAGAACCUGAGCCAGGCCGUGUGGACCCAGGAACGCUGGCAGGAGUUCGGCGUCCAGGAUACCAGUAUCGUGGCGUAUGAUAUCUUCCUCAAUUACCCGUUGGAUCACCGCUUGGCGUUGCUCAAGAAGGACAAGGUGGUGUUUGAGGCUACGCUCGAGGAGGAUGUCUUGGAGGAGGAUAGCACCAGUGGAUUGGAAGACAGAGUCCCCGUGUUUCAUGGAUACUCGGCCAGCGGCAAUGUCACGGCGCCAUUUGUCUUUGUGAACUUUGGCACGGUGGCGGAUUAUCAGGAUCUCGUGGAUAGAAAUGUGAGUCUGGCUGGGAAGAUUGCCAUUGCCAAGUAUGGUCGGAUUUUCCGUGGCUUGAAGGUAAAGCGCGCGCAGGAGCUGGGCAUGGUGGGUGUCAUUCUGUAUGAUGAUCCCGAGUCCGAUGGCGAGAUCACGGAGGAGAAUGGGUACCUGGCCUAUCCUGAUGGACCGGCUAGGAACCCGAGUGCCGUGCAGCGGGGAAGUACCCAGUUCUUGAGCAUAGCACCGGGUGACCCGACCACUCCUGGAUAUCCCUCUCUUCCGGGCUGUGAACGUCAGGAUCCGUUCAACUCCAUCCCCUCGAUCCCCUCACUUCCGAUUUCAUACAAAGAGGUGAUCCCUCUCCUGAAGGCUUUGAAUGGACACGGUCCCAAGGCGUCCGACUUCAAUGAAUGGUGGCAGGGCGGUAAGCUGGGCAGCAAGGGCGUUGAGUACUACAUCGGUCCCACGCCGGAUGAUGUCCAGAUCAAUCUGUACAAUGACCAAGAGUAUGUGACGACACCCUUGUGGAACGUCAUUGGUGUCAUCAAGGGUGCAAUCCCCGACGAGGUGGUGAUUAUGGGCAACCACCGCGAUGCUUGGAUCGCCGGUGGCGCCGGAGACCCGAACAGCGGAUCUGCGGCCCUUAAUGAAGUCGUCCGCAGCUUCGGAGAGGCGCUCAAGGCCGGCUGGAAGCCGCUCCGGACCAUUGUGUUUGCCAGCUGGGACGGCGAGGAGUAUGGCUUGCUCGGAUCCACGGAGUGGGUGGAGGAGCAGCUUCCCUGGCUGUCCAAGGCCAACAUUGCUUACCUCAACGUGGACGUGGCUGCGUCGGGAACGAACCUUCACCCGACGGCCAGCCCGCUGCUGAACAAGCUGAUCUACGAGGUCACCGGGCUGGUGCAGUCCCCCAACCAGACCGUGCCUGGACAGACGGUCCGGGAUGUGUGGAAUGGCCACAUUGGCACAAUGGGCAGUGGCAGUGACUUUACGGCCUUCCAGGACUUUGCCGGCGUGGCGAGCUACGACCUCGGGUUUAGCCGUGGCCCUGAGGACCCGGUGUACCACUACCACUCGAACUACGACAGCUUCGACUGGAUGGACCGGUUCGGCGAUCCGGGCUGGAAGUACCAUGAAGCGUGCACCAAGAUCUGGGCGCUGGCGGCGGCCAAGCUGGUGGAGACACCGGUACUGGCGUUCAAUGCGACGGACUACGCGUUUGGCCUGGAGGGAUACCUGGACAAGAUCAAGCCCGCGGCGAAGCAGCUGCCUGCCGGAGUGUCGUUUGACUUUGGGCCUCUGGACGCCGCGAUCAGCGAGUUCCAGGCGGUGGCAGCCAAGUUUGAUGCCUACGCGGCGGACUUGAGUGAGCAGCUGGGCGAGGACGUGCCGUGGUACCACUGGUGGAAGAAGGUGAAGUUGUACUUCCAAAUCCGGGUGGUGAACGACAAGUACAAGGGAAUUGAGCGGCAGUUCCUGUACCAGCCAGGAUUGGAUGGACGUAACUGGUUCAAGCACGUGGUGUUUGCACCGGGCAUCUGGACGGGCUACGCGGGAGCGACGUACCCGGGCUUGGUGGAGAGCUUGGAGGCGGGAGAUUUGUCCAACUCGCAGAAAUGGCGCUCGAUUAUCCUGGAGCGUAUCGAGGCGGCUACGAAGCUGCUGCAGUAG